AGCACUUGAUAGGAUAGGAGGUAACUGUUCUACUGUUGCCAUACCAUGCAUGCAGUGGUGAAUUUCUGCAAAUAGAAAAUAACGUUAAGAGUCCAAUUCGCAUAGCAUAAGCAAACACAGAACAUCCAUGGAAGUGACCGCCCCAUUCUAAAAGUCAUUAAAGAAAACCAAAUCAAACAUUGGAAUCAUCAUCGGGUGUUCAUCCUGCAUUUUAGUCAAUCCAGUUUCAAUGGCUGCUUUUGCUUCAAUCUCCGCAUCUUCAUUGCCCGCCCCUGCUACAAUUCCUUUUGCCAAAGGAUCUAUUUCUCAGCACAAAAGCUUCACCACCAUUGGAUGUCCUGUAGUAUGCAAUGGAUUGAAGCUUAUUCCAAAGAUUCAAUUCUCCAAGGAGAGAAACAAAUUUUCGACUCGAUCUAGCUGCUUUAAGACAUCAGUUUCAUGCUCUCUUGCUCAACCUGAGACAUUGAAAACCGUCCAAAAUACCAUUGCCAAGCAAUUGUCAAUUGAUGCGAGUUCAGUGACUCCUGAUACUAAAUUUGCUGAUCUAGGAGCUGAUUCACUUGACACGGUGGAGAUAAUGAUGGCGUUGGAGGAACAAUUUGGAGUUUCAGUCGGAGAAGGCGGAGCUGAGAACAUCACAACCGUCCAAGAUGCCGCGGACUUGAUUGAGAAAGUGAAAGCUGCUGCUGCAUAGGCCACUUACAAGAAUACCAGAACUUAUUUUCUUUUAGUUCCUAUAAAUGCCACCAAAGAAAAAAUCAUAAAUUACAGUAAUCGAUUUUCCUUUUCUUUCCUACAAGGUGUGGCACUAUUUUUCUUUCCUUUUGCUUAACCAAGAGGGCAAUUUUUGUAACAGGGUGGAUCUUAAAUUGUAGCCUGUCACUUGUCUCUUUGUUCUUUUCUGUUUCAUGCAAAAGCAAGAACGAAAACAGUAAAGCCAAUGAAUAAAUGCAUGAAUCAA